AUGUUUUCUCGUGUUGGUGCACUUCUUUCAAGGCGCCUUGUUGUCAAUGUGGCGACGCAACACCGAUACGGUCGCUUCCGCUUCUCUCGGGUUUUUGCUUUUUCUACUGCUGCUGCCACGACAUUAGUGGGUGGUGCCACCGUUGUAUCAUGUUUUUCUGUUGCUGGUCGGGUGGGUUCGGAGGCGGCACCCCCGUUCGACCUAAAGGCUCUCAAGGAAGAUAUUGAGGCUAUUGUUUCUGAUGACUUGUCAAAGGGGCCUCUUUUUGUGCGUCUUGCAUGGCACGAGGCUGGUUCAUGGGAUUGCAAGAAGAAGGAUGGGAGCCCCAAUUCGGCCUCAAUGCGUUUUCGGCCGGAGUGUGACUAUAGCGGCAACGCAGGACUUGAUAAGGCACGCAAGGCUCUGGAGCCGCUCAAGCAAAAGUACCCUCAGAUCUCGUACGCCGACCUGUGGUCCCUCGCCGCGGUGGUGUCAAUCGAGACGAUGGGCGGACCAGCAGUGCCGUGGCGCUGGGGCCGCGUGGACGCGAAGGACGGCUCUGUCUGUGGCCCCGACGGGCGACUCCCCGACGGGUCCAAGACGCAGAACCACGUGCGCGAGGUCUUUACGCGUCUGGGUUUUAAUGAUGACGAGACGGUGGCGCUAAUUGGGGCUCACACCUGCGGGGAGUGUCACCUCGAAAACAGCGGCUUCAAGGGGCCGUGGACACAUGACAAGUAUGGAUUCGACAACUCAUUUUUCACGGAGCUGUUUAACAACGAGUGGGAAAUAAAUCCUGAUGUGAAAAAUCUUCAAUUUAUGGACAGGGCCACUAAGAACCUCAUGAUGCUGCCAGCGGACAUGGCCAUUCUACUAGACGACAAAUAUCGUGCAAUUGCGAAGAAGUACGCUGCCGACAAUGAGUUAUUCUGCGCUAGCUUCGCCAAGGCCUAUCAGAAGUUGCUUGAGCUUGGCACGAAAAACCUCAAGUCUGUCCCACGUGAGUAA